AUGGAUGCUAGAAUUGUCAAAUCCUGGAUUUCAGCCCUUAAAAAGAUCUUCAAGGUAAUGCGCUGCAAUGAUCAACAAAAGAUGGCAUUAGCAGCCUAUCAGUUGCAAGGCGAAGCAGAACGAUGUUUCUCGAGUUGUUCAAAGGAAAGUCUCCUUCAAUCGGUCCAAGAUGCGAAGUCUACAGAGUUUCAACAAUUGAAGCAAGGUGGAUUUAUGUCGGUAGCCGCAUAUGAAGCCAAAUUUACUAAUCUCGCCGAGUAUGCGCCGCACAUAGUCGCUGAUGAAAAUAAGAAGGCUCGGAAGUUUAAGGAUGGAUUGAAGUACGAAAUUAGGAAAGUUGUGCGACCAAUGAGGCUACCAACGUAUGUUGAUGUGGCAGAUCGAGCUCUAUUGGUGGAACAAGAGAUUGAAGAAUCAAGGAGAUCCACUGAGAAUUGCAAAAGACAAAAUUUUGGCAUUGGAAACAACAAUGGAGGAGGAGCAAACAAGAAACAAAACACCGAACCAAUGAAAAAUAAUAGACAAGGUGGAAAUCAGAUAGCACCAAAGUGUCGAACCUGUGGAAGAGAAUAUUUUGGAGCCUGUCGUGUAAACAUUACUUGUUAUGCUUGUGGCCGCCAGGGGCACCACAAAAGCGAAUGUCCUAGUAUUCCAACCGGAGCAAAUGUAGUACCAGUCAACAAGACUAUAAGAGUCGGGAAGCCCAAUACUCGAGUCCAGGGUAGAGCUUUUGCCUUGGUACCAAGGGACCCACGUAACAAUGAGAAUGUGGUGCUGAUAUAUUCUUUACCAGCUUAUGUAUUGAUAGACUCUGGGUCUUCGCAUUCCUUUGUGUCAUCAAAAUUUUCCAUGAAACUCCCCACUCAACCCGAGCCCCUUGGGUUUGAACUCUUAGUCUCGCAACCUAUGAGUAGCAGUACGAUUUGCACAACAGUGCAUAGGGACUGUGACUUACGUUUUGGCGAUAUUUGUCUCUCUGUGGAUCUCAUACCCCUAAAGAUGAAUCACUUUGACAUCAUCCUCGGUAUGGACUGGCUAUCCACUAAUCAUGUCUCCAUUGAUUGCGCCAACAAAAGCGUUAUCAUCAAAAGCCAUGAUUAUGAAUUCUACUUCAAAGACGUCUUUCCUGAGGAUCUACCUGGGACACUGGUGGAUCGAGAGAUUGAAUUCACAAUAGAGGUAGCCCCAGGGACUCAACCAGUUUCAAAGGCUCUAUAUCAUAUGGCUCAAAUUGAGUUAAAGGAACUAAAGAUUCAGUUGUAUGAGUUACUUGACAAAGGAUUUAUAAGGCCAAGUACCUCACCAUGGGGUGCCUCUGUCCUUUUCGUCAAGAAGAAGGAUGGAACAAUGAGACUAUGCAUCGACUACAGAGAGCUAAAUAAUUGA